AUGCAUACACACACGCAUUCAAGCACCUCAAGCACUCGUCAUGCAUCCAGUGGUACUCUCUCGGCUGCCGCAGCCCUCGCCAAGUUCCAGGUGUGGUGCAGGUCCCUUGCAAACCUGUGUCUUGCUGUUCACGCCCCUGUUCGUGUUAGCUGCGUGUCAUCGUCCGCGGUUUGCAGUAUCCAUCCAUACCUGGUUGCUGUUCCUUGGACGGACCUGACGGCGUUCCCGUCAAACGCGCUUGGAUAUCUAACUAAAUUCUUUAGUCCGUUCACUGGUCUGCCAUCUUUCAGCUCGCCAACUGCGCUAAGUAUCGUCGACUUGAGUUCAAUCCCGAAGCUCAUAAGAGUUUAUUCUCUGCCGUAUACGAAUAUCCUCGUGCCGUGCCUCUAUCUGAAGCCCCGGUAUCUCCCUCUAUGCUGUCUCCACCCCCGGCGCAGAUCAAGAGCGUGA